AUGUCAAAUAAUACCUAUCUAGACGUAGUAGCCGCAGAUUUGAUUUUGUUUGGUUUCAUUGCUUUCAUUUUAUAAAUUUACUCAAGCUCUACUAUUGUUAUAGCAAUAAAACCAUGGUUGAAGAGGAGCAUUACACAGAUAUUUCAGAUAUUAUAGAAGAUACUGAAACGGAAAACUUUAUGGACAGUGAACAACAAAAUAUAGAACCACAUGUGAUGGAGAUUCCUGUCGACCAGGCUUCGGAACUUUUGAACUCUGAAGAGGCUGCACCAACUGAGACAAAGCCACCCAACCAAAGUACGAAAUCAGAGGUUGUCCGCUCUACUAGGUUACCAAUGGGACGAAUAAAGAGCCUAAUUAAAAUGGACCCCGAUGUCAGUGUCGUAUCAGCUGAUGCAGUUUUUCUUAUUACUAAGGCUACUGAAUUAUUUCUCGAAACAAUAGUAAAGGAAACAUACUCUUAUACAUCAACCAACAAGAGAAAAGUAAUUUCUAAGAAGGAUUUGGACCUCAUCAUAAAUAAAGUGGACUGUCUGUGCUUUUUAGAGGGUGCUAUGGACUUCUGAAGUAAUUAAUGGAGUAGUUGAUUGUGUAACUGUCAGAAAAUUACUGUGGUAUUAUUUUAAUAGCAGGUAUAUCAUGAAUAUCAAUUUGGUAGGUAUUCUUUCUUUUCAUUCAUAUACUUAUGUGAGAUUGACGACCUCGGUGGCGCAGUGGUAAAGUUCUUGCCACUGAACCGAGAGGUCCCGGGUUCGAUCCCCGGUCGGGUCAUGAUGGAAAAUGAUCUUUUUCUGAUUGGCCCGGGUCUUGGAUGUCUAUUUAUAUAUGUAUCUAUUUAUAAAAUAUAGUAUCGUUGAGUUAGUAUCCCAUAACACAAGUCUCGAACUUACUUUGGGGCUAGCUCAAUCUGUGUGAUUUGUCC